CCGGCGCCGACGGCCUGGCUCACGCCAACGGGCUGCUGCCGCCCGCCGGCCUCGGCGUCAACAACGGCGUGGCGCCCGCGGCCGGGGCCGGGGGGGCCCCCACGGAGCUGAAGAAGAAGAAGCGGCUCUCGCAGUCGGACGAGGACGUGAUCCGCCUCAUCGGGCAGCACCUGCACGGCCUGGGCCUCAACCAGACUGUUGAUCUUCUCAUGCAAGAGUCAGGAUGUCGUUUAGAACAUCCUUCUGCUACCAAAUUCCGUAAUCAUGUCAUGGAAGGAGAAUGGGAUAAGGCUGAGAACGACCUGAAUGAACUUAAGCCUUUAGUGCAUUCUCCUCAUGCAAUUGUGAGGAUGAAGUUUUUGCUGCUGCAGCAGAAGUACCUGGAAUACCUGGAGGAUGGCAAGGUCCUGGAGGCUCUUCAAGUUCUACGAUGUGAACUGACUCCACUGAAAUAUAAUACCGAGCGCAUUCAUGUCCUCAGUGGGUACUUGAUGUGCAGUCAUGCAGAAGACCUACGUGCAAAAGCAGAAUGGGAAGGGAAGGGAACAGCUUCCAGAUCUAAACUUCUGGACAAGCUUCAGACAUACCUACCACCUUCAGUGAUGCUUCCUCCAAGGCGUUUACAGAAUCUAUUACGUCAAGCUGUGGAGCUACAACGGGACCGGUGCCUAUAUCACAAUACCAAACUAGAUAAUAAUCUAGAUUCUGUCUCAUUGCUUAUAGACCACGUUUGUAGUAGGGGUCUGAGAUCAAUAUGUGAUGCGCCGUACAUGCUGCAAUGCUUGGGCAUAAUGAGGAAACAGUUUCCAUGUUACACACAGCAGAUACUUACAGAGCAUUGUAAUGAAGUAUGGUUCUGUAAAUUCUCCAAUGAUGGCACUAAACUAGCAACAGGAUCAAAGGACACCACUGUUAUUAUAUGGCAGGUUGAUCCAGAUACACACCAGCUAAAACUACUUAAGACAUUAGAAGGCCAUGCGUAUGGUGUUUCUUACAUUGCUUGGAGUCCAGAUGACAACUACCUUGUUGCCUGUGGCCCAGACGACUGCUCUGAGCUUUGGCUCUGGAAUGUACAAACCGGGGAGCUGAGGACUAAGAUGAGCCAGUCCCAUGAAGACAGUUUAACAAGUGUGGCCUGGAAUCCAGAUGGGAAACGCUUUGUAACAGGAGGACAGCGUGGGCAGUUCUACCAGUGUGAUUUAGAUGGUAAUCUCCUUGACUCUUGGGAAGGGGUUAGAGUGCAAUGCCUCUGGUGCUUGAGCGAUGGGAAGACUGUUCUGGCAUCAGACACACACCAGCGGAUUCGAGGUUAUAAUUUUGAGGACCUUACAGACAGGAACAUAGUACAAGAAGAUCAUCCUAUUAUGUCAUUUACUAUUUCAAAAAAUGGCCGUCUAGCUUUGUUAAAUGUAGCAACUCAGGGAGUUCACUUAUGGGACUUGCAAGACAGAGUUUUAGUGAGAAAGUAUCAAGGAGUUACACAAGGUUUUUACACAAUUCACUCUUGUUUUGGAGGCCAUAAUGAAGACUUCAUCGCUAGUGGCAGUGAAGAUCACAAAGUCUACAUUUGGCACAAACGUAGUGAGCUGCCAAUCGCGGAGCUGACAGGGCACACACGUACUGUUAACUGUGUCAGCUGGAACCCACAGAUUCCAUCCAUGAUGGCCAGCGCCUCCGAUGAUGGCACUGUUAGAAUAUGGGGACCAGCACCUUUUGUAGACAACCAGGAUAUUGAAGAGGAAUGCAGUAGCAUGGAUAGUUGAUGGAGAAUUUGGAGCAGACGACUUCUGUUUAACUUAAUUAGUCGUAUUUUAAAUGGCUUGGGAUUUGGUGCAAACAAACAUGAUUGAUAGCUGGACAGACAUGCUCGUCAUGAAAAAAGAACCAUUUCUGAAGCCCGAUCGGGGCCAAACAUUUACCACCUUGCUUCAUAGUAACCAGUUGAGAUGAAGCACGUCGUUUAGAGCGUUGUUGGACACCGUGUUGAAUUACCCCCCAUCGGUUGUGAAGAACUGUGCUACAUUCAGGCUAACCAUUGAACUCAGUAUAUAUAUUUUUUUCCCUCCUGCCUUUUGUCUGGCGGGCUACUGUUCUUGUUGCUCUUCUGUGUAAUGAAGUUUAAAUGCUUGUUUGGAAAACUUUAUUUAACAGUUUAGAAGGCUUGAUAGAAAGAGUGCUUUAGUCUGAAGAGUACACAUUGGAUAGGAAAGUAUUUCCUUCUCUUGUUUCUCUAAAUCUCUCUCCGCCUUAUUUAGCUUGAGAUCUUUGCAGCUUGGUUCAUGGAUUCUAGCCUUGCCCGUUGCGCAGUAUAUAUAAAUCCAGGUGAUAAACAAGUGAACUAUGUCAAAAGCACUCAAUAUCACAUUUGACAAAAAGUUUUGUACUUUUCACAUGGCUCGUUGCCCUGUAAAGGGGUAAACAGCACAAUUUUUUAAAAAAUAAAUUAUUUAUAGGAUAAAAAUGACUUCAUUUGUAUACAUUUGGAAUUUAAACCAGCCUAAAAAGUGUCGUGCAAUGCAGUAUAAUUAAUGUUCUUCUAGAGUGUUGUGCAAGACCUGGCCAAAAGCAGUGGCUGUAAGGAGUUUUACACAGGCUACAAAAAGUAUUGUUUUAAAAGAGAAACCUCAUUGCCCAUCCUAAUGAAGAAAUUGGAUUAUUUAGAAGCAAGAAACAUCAGGUUGCAGCAUGAGACUACUAGGUUAAUAAACAGGACAAAGUUUGGAUUACAUAAAAAUAAACUUCUUGCAUAUAUUUAAUUUGUGUAGCAAUAUUAGGAAAGAGCUGGAACAAAUGAUUACUUUGUAAUUUUAAUAAGAGUACCUGACCUUUCAAAUUUCAGUACAUUUUUAAAACUUCCCUUUUUAGGUUAAGGGAAGAAUUACACACCUGCAAUAUUUUCUUUAGCCUUUGAUUAACAAAUGCAUAGAUUUUUGAGAAUAUACUUUAAAGUUUACAGGUUAAAUGUCUCUCUUGGAUCUUGUUCUGAACUGGUGCUGUGGAAUAACCUGACAUUUUAGGAAUGGUUCAUUUAAUUUCCUGUGUAAAAACACUUAGUUUGAGUACUUUAUGCUUCUUAAAAUAAACAGAUGGCCUGGUAUCUCUAUUGUGCUUCUGCACUACUCGGCAUUUGGUUCAUGGUAUGGUUUUGAAUUCCGUUUUUUCUAAUUGGAAGGUAAGGGUAGUAUUGGGACUGUUUGGAAAUAAGACAUUGCAUGCCCUCUUCCUUGCUAUCAUGAAAGGUGUGAAGAAAGGAGUGGAUGAGGCUGUUUCCUACUGAAGCUAAGUGAAUCUACACUAGUGUGUCAUUGGUUGGAUGGAGGGAUAACUUUGCUAGGGUCCAUGGAAAGACAGAAACAUUCAUGGCUGGAUAACAAGAAUGAGAGAGAUGGCACAGUACUGGUUCCCUUUUUAAAGGGAAAGAAAACCAAAUGGAUUCUCCUAAGGUUUACAAAGCAGGAUGGAUUUGAACAGAUUAUGGCUGUUUAACAGGUUCUUCUCAUGCUUGUGUCUAAUCUUAAAUCCCAUUUUCUGUGUACUUGCUGAGAUGAACCUUUUAAGCUAACCAGUUUUAUUCCUCUCUGUGGUACUGCCAAACUGCAACGAGGGCUGCAUAGCAUAUGCAUAUCCUCAAUCUAGUUUUUUUUUUUCUUCAGCUUUCCACAAUCUGCUUUAAAAUUGCACUGUGAGAAUUUAAUAAUCCUGGAACAUGAGGAUGCAUAGAUUUUUUUUUUUUUAAUUUUAUUUUUUUUAAACAAUGAAAAACUAGGAUUUUCUCCCUCCCCCCCACUUGCUCAUUCUUUAGACCAGCAUUCUGUGAUUCUUGCCACAGUUGCAGUAUGACUCCUCCUGUGGCAAGAGAGGGGGAAAAAAACCCUAGGCUAUUAUAACUUCUUUGAGACUCAGAAUUUAUUUGAAACCAAAUUUGUAUACAGCAUUUACAUAUUUGAAGUACAGUAUAAUUGUUUAGCAGCAGCAAUAUUAUUAUUCAUUACUUUCAAAGCUUCAUAUGUAUUAUGUUAAAUACAUAUGUUAAGGUGGUAUUUUUAAACUUUUAGAGCAUGACAUUCUCCUGAUUUUUUUUGUUUUUGUUUUUGUUUUUUUUACAACUUUAAUUCUUUUAUAAUGAUGUUCAGUUACCAGAGUUACUUACCGUGGUGCAUUUAAUUGAUGAGGUGCCCAGUCUGGCACUGCUUGCUUGCCCCAUGUUGCCCUUAACUUUGUAUGAGUUUUGAGCACAUAAAGAAUGCAGGCCAAAGCUCCUACUGUAUUCCCAGAAGUGGUUUUUUUUGUUGUUUUUAUUUAUUUAUUUAGAUAGAUAAAUAAAUAAAUUCCUUCCACAGGGUUUGUGUAGCAUACUACCUGUAAAAACUGAUAGCAGGAAUCCUACAGCCAGUAAAAGCUACAGAGGCACAUCUAGCCAAUACCUACCUUUUUUUAUAUAGGGGUACAUAUCUAGGAAUAUUAAUUUAAAUUUGUUAGAAAAACAUUCUCCCCUCCAUCUCCAAACCCAAGAAUUACAAGCCUCUAAAAGUCAGUAUAUACUCUUAAAAUAUACAGAAAACAGUUUAGAGGAGCUAAGGAGAAGUACACGUUUUUAUUUUUCAUUUUAAUUUAGUUAUGUGACUGCAAUAUAAAUGAAAGGCUUAUGUAUCAGAUGGAGUGGUUUAUGUCCAGAAUUUUUCUUAAGGUUCCUGUCAACAUUUUGUGUUGCCUCUAUGACUUCUGCAGAAAUUGAUAGAAAGGAGACUGCAUGACAAAAAUUGAUGGUACAUUAUUUGAUAUCAAAAUUAGCUGUAAACCUACAGACAGUGAAUGAUGCAGCUAUAGCUACUGCUUUAGGAUUAGUCUACAAGAGAUUGGCCUAAACUAUUUCUAACGUGUCAUCACACAUUCAUUACAUGGAUUGAAAAGUACUAAUACUUUUUGCACAUAGACCAAAAAAAAAUGAGACUUUGGCAAUGGAAAAAGCAAAUGCUAUUUGCUCAUCUGCAAUGCGUUAACUUCCAUGUGCUUAAAAAUGUUCCCAAGCUGGGAUUUAAGGGUUAGAGCAAGUUCAAGACACUUGCCUUCAAUGAUCAGUUAUUUCUAGUUACUGAUUCUAUAAUCCUGGGAGAACCUACUAUAAACUUGUAUUUUACUUUAUUUUUGCCUUUGAUACUGUUUUGUAGCUGUUUUACAACUCAUAAUAGCUACAGCUUAUUAGCAGGGCAAACCUUUUAUGAAUUAUGCUCCUGAGCUGUUCAGGUAAGUAACUCCUAAGAGAGAUGAUGGAGCACGAAAGGGGAAAUAAGCUGUUACAAAUCUCUCCUUCUGGAAAAACAUAACUUUGUUCAUUUUCCCUCCUUUCUAAUAUAAAUUCUUCAAAUCUAAAACAAAGUGAAUGUAGUAACUUUACAAGUAGACAAAGAUGCAAGCUAGAGAACUGUUAAACUCUUGGCAGUAACUUCUCAGCCUGGUUUCAAGCCAGUAAUUUUUAAUACAGCCAAUCUGCUUAAGCGGAGUGUUUUAUGUCUAAUGGCAUCUCAUCACAUCAAUAAACAACACUCCCACCUUUUAAAAGAAAAAAAAAUCUUUAGGAUACUUCAUGGAAACCAGAACUGACAUAACCAGAACUGCCCUAUGUUGAGCUAAUAUAUUUUAUAUGCACAAGGUGGUGGUGGAUGGGGGGGACAACACAAGUCUAGUUCACAGUAGAAUUUCUGUUGACUGGUAGCUUGCGGAGUGGGCAGGGGAGAAGGGAGAAGACAGACUUUCAGUAGACCUGUGUUCAUAUCUAUAUCCCAGAACACGCAAGUUGCCUCAACGUGACUUAGUUUGGAACAACUAUUAAAAAGGAGCAUCAGUCCUAUAUUAUGGCUUAAAAACCCACAUUGGCUCAGGACCAUUAUUGGCUGUCAUUUUAUUCAGAAAAUGCUAAUUUGUAAGAGGAUUAGAAAAACUUCAUUAACACUUUGACACUUUUUUUUGAACAGGGUGGACUUAAUUGAAUUGUGUAGUGUUUUUGAACUGCUACAGUAGCUGCCUCUAGUUGCUGAAACACAAAUAUAAACACAUUUCCUGUGUUUUGAAUUCAGAUGACCUGAAUUCAAUAAAACUGUGUGAAUGUGUUUCCCAUGUAGUAUGAAUGGGGGGUGUGUGUGUGUGUGUGUGUGUGUGUGUGUGUGUGUCCCAUAAACAGACAAAGAACUAAGUGUUCUAGGUACUCUUCAUGUUUACUGCAUACUUUAAGCCACAUUGUGUGUGUGUGUGAAGUGUUCUCUGACUUCAAGACUUUGGUUAAUACCAGUAUAUUUUUAUAAAUUUUAAAUUCAAUGUGCCCCAUGUUUACUUGAGCAUUUUUCAUUCUUAGGGUAAACGUGCUAGAUCUGAAUCUUAACAUUUUUAGGCACAGAUGGAAAAAGUUAUUGGCUCUUCGAAAAUGUAUGGAACAAAAAUGGAUCCUCAAAGCAUGUGUGUACUUACAAACCAAGCUGUAGAGAUCAAGACAAGAACUUUAUUGUUGAUCUCAAAAUUUCUAAAUUGUCAAAAUUUCUAUGGAGUUGUGGUGGAACUAGUUAACACUUAGAGCUUUUGGUAUGUAAUGACUUUGCUAUGGA